AUGUUCAAUGUAUCGCUGAACACAACUAAUCCUAAAAAGCCAGGACCAUCCAAGCAGUCUACUUUGGCGUCGUUCAUAAGUUCUUCAAAACCCAAUCGAGACGUCAAGGCGAAUCAGCCGUUCCCUGCACUCAGGUUAGACAAGAGAAGCGUAUCUAACGACCAAGACUUCCCGCAAAAUAAGGAGAAUGCACCCAAACGCGUGAAAUUGGACCGAUCGGUCUCCUGUCUGGGGUUUGGCCAGCAGGAUACACCUGUUUCGGAGGUGUCUGCCUCUCAACCAUCCAGCUUCAAACACUCAAAACCCAUUGAAAAGAUACAAUUAGAAAAGACAGAUAUCGACGUAUCGACGAGACCAGAGGUAAACAUUGGCAGGUCCAUCAAGCUGCCCGCGCGUAAACCAAUGUCGGCUUCGCGUCAGAGAUCGUUGCCAUGGUCGAAUCUGAACCUGAAAAAGAUUUCAAAUCCACGCAAUCAAAACAAGCCGUCAUCUCAAAAUGGCAACAGUGUUAGCGGAUCUCUAUCGGCGGAGCAGCGCAAAGUCAUUGAGAUGGUGCUAUACGAGCGCAAGAACAUUUUUUACACAGGUUCUGCAGGUACUGGUAAGUCUUUCCUGUUACGUGAAAUAAUCAAACGCCUGAGGAACAGAUAUGGCUCUAGUUCUAUUGCAGUGACUGCUUCAACUGGUUUGGCGGCCACAAAUAUUGAGGGCACCACAAUUAAUCGAUUUUCUGGUAUUGGGUUGGGCUCUGAGCCAGUCAAUAAGUUGGUGGGCAGGAUAAAAAGCAGACGAAGUAUCGUUGAGAGAUGGAAAGGCACCAAAGUGCUAAUCAUCGAUGAGCUAUCUAUGAUAGACUCCAUCUUUUUUGACAAGUUGAACGAGAUUGCAAAGCAAAUACGAGGUAGCAACAAGCCGUUUGGCGGCAUCCAACUCGUUUUGACGGGAGAUUUCUUCCAGCUUCCCCCUGUUUCGUUGAGCAAAAUGGGUGCAGCUAAGUUUUGUUUUGAUGCGGUCAGUUGGAAGGAAUGUAUUGAUGAAACCAUUCUACUAACUAAGGUUUUCAGACAAAAGAACGAUUCAGACUUGAUUGAAAUGUUGAAUGCCUUGAGAAUUGGUAAGCUUUCAGAUGAAAUCAAGCGGAAAUUCAAAAGGCUUGAACGCCCUCUCCAAUACAAUGAUGGUAUUUACCCUACAGAGCUCUACCCAACAAGAGAAGAAGUUGACCGUGCUAAUUUGGAGAGACUGAAUUCGCUUCCAGGACGUGUCUAUACCUUUCAGAGUCGCGAUAAUUUCCCUCCCAAUGGAAACCCAGCGAUAUUCGUCAAGCAACUGGAUGGUCUAAUGUGUGCAAAAAUGUUGCAACUCAAAGAAGGUGCACAAGUAAUGUAUCUGAAGAAUGACCUGGAAGAUCCUCAAUUGGUUAAUGGAUCUAUUGGGAAGAUAGUCUGUUUCUGCAGUAUCGCACUUUGGACCUUAUUCACCAACACGUUCAAAGAAUACGAAAGGCCAAUGCACACCGAUCUUCUGGUAAUGGCAUCUAGGUUUACUGGUAAUGAACCGACCGCCCAGGACGAAGAAUUGUACAACGAGUUCCUGGCUACCAAUUAUAAUAGUCCUUCGCAGGUGGAACUUGCUAAAGAAAUGAUCCGAACAGCCAAAAUGUCUAAACUGUCAGAGGUGUUGCCCCUUGUCAAAUUUUCUCAUAGCUCACUGAAGCUUAUAGAGCCAGUGCCAUUUUCUCCUGAGUCUAAUAGCGAAUUAAGCCGUGAACAACUUCCGAUCCUGCUUUCAUGGGCCUUGUCCAUUCAUAAGUCUCAAGGGCAAACAUUGGAGCGCGUCAAGGUCGAUCUGACCAAAAUCUUCGAGAAAGGUCAGGUCUACGUUGCUCUGAGUAGAUGUGUGGACACGAAAAACCUUGAGAUUGUAAACUUUGAUGAAAAACGUAUCAGGAUCAGUGAAGAUGUUGUCCAGUUUUAUGAGAAUCUGAAGCAGCUCAAAUGA